AUGAACGGAGUUCUUGUAUUCACCACAUUGCUCGUCUUCCAAGCAGAGGUAAUAAAGCCCGUAAGAGCGCAAUGCAGCCUGAACGCAUGCGAGGUGUUCGAGAUGAUGACCAGGGGCUCGGAGAACACGGCACCACCUGGCUCGGGGGCCUGUGCUGCUGACAUACACUGGAGACAACUCGACAGACGACUGCGAGCCAUUGAACAACCAGUGUGGACAAUCGGCUUUGGACAGUCUCGAUGGCGGCAAUGCACCAAGAGUGUAUGUCGCUGUGACCCAGCCCGCCGGGCGCUGAACUGCUGGCGAGCUGGCCUCUCCACUCUCACCACAGACCUAGUCGCACCUGUGGAUCUGCUCACUAUAGACCUCGGCUCGAACAGACUGCGGACGCUGCAUAAGACAGCCUUCAAGGGAAUGCGCUCACUCGCUGAACUCGAUAUGUUCGACAAUCAUGUAGAAUACCUGCCCGCCGGAAUAUUCGACUCGUUAGUCAACCUGAAAAUAUUGCGACUUCAGAGAAAUUACUUGGAAGAAAUCGAUAGCGAAGCUUUCCGAGCGACCAAGAAGUUGUUUCACGUUGACCUGUCCAACAACUUCUUGUACACGCUCCCAGAGAGAUUGUUCGCAAACAAUUCCUUCCUUGAAACUAUUGAUAUCUCAAACAACCAACUGAUCUACUUGCCCUCGGACAGCUUUGUCGGGCUGGACUCGCUGCUAAUAUUAGAUUUGUCCAGAAAUAAAAUACAGAAAAUCGAAAAUGGCACUUUCGCGUUGAGAAAUCUUCAAAUACUAAAGCUCACUGAAAACAAAAUAGCAAAUAUCACUGAAAACGCAUUUGAAUAUCUGAUAUCUCUCGAAACGUUACUACUAGAUAGAAAUAAAAUUGAAAACUUGCCAAUGCAAUUGUUCCGCAAUCUCAAAUGUUUGGUUUUCUUGGAUUUGUCGAACAACAACCUAAUAAGUUUUACUGGAGUGGAAUUUGAAAAUCUUAAAGUUCUUCGUCAUUUGGACUUGAAGGAGAACGCUUUGAUACAAAUACCUGACUAUACGUUUGCAAACUGCUCGGCUCUGGAAAAACUGGAUUUAUCAAAGAACAAAUUACGUUUUCUAAACGUGACCACUUUCCACGGACUGAACAUUAUGACUACUCUCUUGCUAUCUGAUAACAAACUUUAUGAAGUACAUUUUAAGACCUUUGCAGCUUUGAAGAACCUAACGACGUUAUAUUUAGACAACAACAUGUUCCCCUCUCUACCAUCACGCACUUUGGACUAUAUGCCCAAACUAGCCAAAGUGAAACUGUCGGGGAAUCCUUGGCAUUGUGACUGCCACGCUCUUUACAUUUCAGCAUGGGUUCGCCUAAACGAGAUGAAGAUAUGGGACUACUCCCCGACCUGUGUGUCGCCAUGGUUCAUGGAAGGUCACUUCCUGAAGAAGCUGAAGUUCCCAGAGCUGUGUGCUGGACAAUGGGCUAGCAUGGUGAAUCUGUCCCCUCGACUUCCGAUCCAACAACUCCUGGCGUUGAAUGUCUCCGUGAACAGGAAGCCACAGGAUAGUAUGGAGCAGAACCAUGAUGUCACAACUAUUGAUCCUUGGCACUGAAGAACUAUCAAACUUUAA